CCUCCACGUCCAACCACCCCAGACAGUCGACCAGCAACCCAGACAGCCAGCCAACUAUCCUGGCAGUCGACAAACUAUUUCAAUACCCAUCCAAGAUACCCAGGCAGUCGCUCGAUAGCGACCCUCCGCAAUGCCUCAAAAUGAAUAUAUGGACCGCUGGAGGAAACUCCACGGAAGAAGACUCGAUCACGAGGAGAAGACGCGCAAGAGAGCAGCCAGAGAGGGCAAGAAGCAGUCGCAGGAUGCGCAGAACUUGACUGGUCUUCGCGCGAAGUUAUACCAGAAGAAGAGGCAUCAUGAGAAGAUCCAGAUGAAGAAGCAGAUCAAGGCGCACGAGGAGCGUAACGUCAAGUCUUCGGCACCAAAUGAGCCUUCCAACACGCCUCUCCCACAAUAUCUUCUCGACAGAUCGAAUCCUACAAACGCGAAGGCUCUGAGCAGCUCGAUUAAAAAUAAGAGGAAGGAGAAGGCGGCCAAGUUCAGCGUGCCGUUGCCAAAGGUCAGGGGUAUCGCUGAGGAUGAGAUGUUCAAGGUUGUCAAGACCGGAAAGAAGACCAACAAGAAGGGAUGGAAGCGUAUGAUCACCAAGCCAACAUUCGUCGGACCAGACUUCACCAGACGUCCGGUAAAAUACGAGAGGUUCAUCCGCCCUAUGGGUCUGAGAUACAAGAAGGCGAACGUUACUCACCCGGAACUUGGUGUCACCGUUCAGCUACCUAUCAUCAGCGUCAAGAAGAACCCGCAAAACCCUAUGUACACCCAGCUGGGUGUCUUGACGAAGGGUACGGUUAUCGAGGUGAACGUUAGCGAGUUGGGAUUGGUCACGACCGGUGGUAAGGUGGUGUGGGGAAGAUACGCGCAGAUCAUGAACCACUGCGAGAAUGAUGGGUGUGUUAACGCUGUACUCCUGGUUUAGAAGCGGUGUCUAUAAUAGAACUGAAUUUAAAAUAAAAGCGGAUAGCUUUGGAGGGGCGUUUAGUUUUUAAAUAUUCUGUGUUUUAUCAUCGGAGCUAAAUAGGCGUCUACGAACCACCUUUUUUCCAUCAGUCGCUGUGUUAUCGAUAUUCUAUCAUUCUUUGAUUUCGAUAUUUGGCCUGCCCCUUUUUCUGCCACGAUGAGGCUGUCUUCCUUCACCUUUUCCUGCUCUGUCCUUGCUAGCGCGUCGAAAUUCAUCGGUUGUAAGGAAGGUCCAAUGGCUUCAAGCAGAGUCAAAGGGAAAUGCGGCCAAUAUAGUUGCAGAAAUCCCAAGGUAGGGCCCAUACAAUCAAGCUCACAAGGGAUUCGAAAACAGAACCCUACACCUGCGGUUCAAAUGAUGGAAGUGGCCUAUAACAUUGUUUUGUUUCGAUAUUCCACAUGCGGCUAGGAAAUAAAGUAUACAGUUGCGAAACUCUCGCCCGUCAAUGUAGCCAUCGGUGUCACGGCCCAGCCAAUGAAACCGCAGCGGCUUCCCCAUCUUCAACUUCUGCCCAAAUUGUACAGCAUCUCGCCAACCACAUGAAAAUAAUCUAGACUAACUUGACAUGCACGGGGAAUGCAUCGCCGCAACCUGCAAAG